AUGUUUUCGACCUCCAUCCUUCUCCCAGCAUUGCUGUGCUUGACACAGACAGUCAGCAGCCACCCAGCAUGCCGUCCAGAAAUGAACAACAAAGCAGCCGCAAUGGCCAAGGCCGUCUAUAUCCUCACAAACGACGAGACAAAUGGUGUUCUAGCACUGCCAGUGGGCAACGACGGUACACUUUCCAAGGGCAAGGUUGCAAAGACUGGUGGUGCAGGAUCUAUCGCUGUGGAUGCAGAUGGUAACCCUGCCACACCUGACGCGUUGGUUGCUCAAUCCGCACUGACAGUUGCUGGCAAUAUGGUCUUCGCCGUCAACGCCGGAUCAAACACUCUCAGCAUGUUGACCGUCUCACGAAGCGACCCUACGAAACUCGAAAUGGUUGGAAAGCCAGUCGAUCUACCCGGCGAAUUCCCCAACACCGUGGCUGCUUCUGCUAAGAGCAAAGUCGUUUGUGUCGGUAUGACUGGCGCCAAAGCUGGUGUUUCCUGCGCCAGCUUCUCCAACAAGGGUCUUGGCGCCAUGGAUGAGCUACGCCCAUUCGAUAUUAAGCAGACCACACCACCCAAGGGACCUACAAACACCGUUUCGCAAGUCCUUUUCUCCGACGACGAUAGCAUGCUAUUCGCAAUGGUCAAGGGUGACCCGGCUGUGAACAACACUGGUUUCAUGGCCUCAUUCAACGUUGAGCAAGCCAACGAAGCCAUGGUCGUCAGCAAGAACGAGGCCCGAAGCUCACCCGAAGGAACAGCUGUACUUUUCGGUUCACAAGUCAUUCCUGGUACUUCAAAGGUAUUUGCUACCGAUGCCUCAUUCGGCGCCGCAAUCCUCGAUGUCGACGCCAAAACAUGCGAAGCAACAACCGUGGCUACUGGUGCAGUUGAGGGCCAGGCCGCGACAUGCUGGGUUGCCAUCUCUCCCGUCACCAAGACUGCAUUCGUCACAGAUGUAGGACGUAACCGAGUUGUCGAGAUGAGCCUUGAGGAUGCUAGCGUUGUAUCUGAGCUUGACUUGACCUGCAACGGUGACCCAGGUCUGAUUGACUUGGCUGCCGCUGGCAACUUUAUCUACGCUCUGUCUCCUGGCAACGGUACUACUGAGGCAGCUGUGACCGUGCUCGAUGUGUCUGGUGGAUCAGGCUCAGCAAAGAUGGUCCAACACUUUGAGCUAAAGGGUAUGGCAGGAAAGACUGCCAUGGGAAUGAAGGUGAUGAUGUAAUGGGGUCAGGAAAGUUCUUGUAUAGAUAUUAUUCUAGUAAUUGAAUGUUUUGGAAUAGCACAAUAAAUUGUUUAAUAGUA